AGAAGGUGAAUUGGUUGAGCUGAUAAAAAGUUAUGGGAUUAAAAAAGAGGAUAUGGAAAAAGCAGAGAGAAUGUCAGUCGUGGCAUUGUGGUGUGUUCAAGACUCGUCAAGAGCUAGGCCACCAAUGAGUGCUGUAGUGAAGAUGCUCGAAGGAGGAGUGGAGAUCAUACCACCUCCUAAACCCACUCAUUUACUGUUCUCAUCGUUGGGGGACAAGUGCAGUCAAGCCACCAAAUGCUGGCACUGGUUCAAGUCCCUUCUCGAGUGAAGAAUCCACUUCUUAUUGGUAUAAAGAGACCACUUCAAUCAUGGCCAAGUAUGAAAUGCAAGUGGCUAGUAGUUAACAAGACUAAAAUGCAGUUUCAUAC